AUGGAGCCAAACAUUCCUAAUCUUCCCUACAUAUUGACCACCCCUUUCUCAGAGCCUGUGCCGUUAGUUAAAAGAGAUGCUCCUAUAGAUCCUAGACUGAAUAGGCUGAGGAAUACUUAUAUUCCUUGGCAAAACGUCACACAUGCCAAAAACCACCUUGUGCUCCAAAGACAAAAAUGUCAUGAUCCUCCCAAACCCGUAGAGAUGAAAAAAUCAAAGGGUAAGGGUGGUAAGGGUUCCUCCUCACGUAAUCCAGAGCCCGAUCCUCUUGUAGAAGCCAACCAAGCCUUCAUCCAAUCUCAGAACAAUUUUGCAGCAGCCAUUAGGUCUUUUAUACCAGGACCUAACUGUCCCCUCAUGGUAUGGGUGAGGGGUGAUGUUGACAAUGUGCUACUGCUUUGGACAAUGUAUCAGGAUCGGCGCUUACACGUUUUGGCUGAGCUGACCGAUGAGUUCGAAUGGACAAACCAAACGGGUGCAUGCGGGGCCGAGAAGGUGCUUGUGGUUAUUACUGGUACUCUUUUUUUGUUUGUUUAUGUCGAGCUUCAGCAAGCGCCUGAACUCAGAAUCGAACGCUUGGUCAAGAAAGCUAUGAUUCUUCUUGGCUCUCUUCAAGGCCUGUACGGUCUGUAUGGCUUUGACGCUGAGGUGUCUCCCUUUCUGCAAUGGUCUCGGGUUAUUGCUUCUGUCUCUCAUUGUCACUAUCAGCUUCCAUCUUUUGGAUCUCGAGAGUUGCAGAGAUGA